AUGCCUCAUGAUGCUACUAUUGCAUAUGAAGAAGAUCCAAAUCAUAUGAUCAUUUGGCUUGAUCUGACGAUUGGAGAUCCAAAAGAACAUAUACAUCUCAAAAAAUCAUUUUCAUCUCAAGCUGAUCCCAAAAAUGAAACUCCAGUGAAAUUAUUUGAUAGAGAAUAUGAUGAUAUUCUUGAUGUAGUAGGAGCUGCACCUGUUGGUUUUGAAGGUGUUGAAUUUUUAUUUGCAGCAUUCACAAACGCUGAACUUUGUAUUAAAUGCUUUGAAGAAAAUCAAGACAAACGUAUCUUUUUCAUUACCUCGGGAUCAUUAGGAAAAGCUGUUGUGCCAAUAAUUCUAGACAGAUUUCCACAUGUAUUUACUGAUCCAGUUACAGAUGAACCAUACAGUUCAAUAUAUAUAUUCUGUGGUGUUAUAGCAAACCAUUUAGAGUGGGCACUUCGUUACAGAAACUAUGUUCAGAUGUUUGAUUUUGAAGCUGAUCUAUUAUCUCGAAUGGUGCGUGAUAUUGGUGGUUAUUUUCUUGCUGAAGGCAAACAACUAUUAGAUGAAGAUCCUCCAAACUACCCAGCUGCUCAACAUCGUCUUACAUGGUCACAUGAACUCUAUCAACGAUAUGGUAGAAUGGAACACUGCUCUAUAAAAACAGAACUUAAUGAAGUAAAUGAACUUCUUGAAAAUAUAGAGGAGGAAAUGGCAUCAUCAUCUGAUGAAGAUGAUUGA